UCUUCUCUUGGCGGGUGGCGAGAGCAGAGCAUACGAGAGGAGAGAGAGAGAGAGCGAAAGAGAGACAUACAUCCAAAUUGGGAGAAAGAGAGAAAGAGAGAGAGCGAGUCCGAGGAAAAGCUGAAACUUCACUGCAGACGCUCCUGCUCAGAUCAGUCCUCCAUGCCGGAGCCGGGAGCUGCUCCGCGGCGCAGCCCGCAGGGAGUCCCCUACACCGACCUGCAGCACCUCGUCAACGCCGACGGACUGCACCUGUUCUGCCGCUACUGGGAGCCCGCCGGCCCGCCAAGGGCUCUGGUGUUUAUUGCCCACGGAGCAGGAGAGCACUGUGGGCCCUACGAUGAGAUCGCACAGAGACUGAAGGAACUGUCCCUGCUGGUGUUUGCACACGACCACGUUGGUCAUGGUCAGAGUGAAGGCGACAGGAUGAUCAUCAAAGACUUCCAGGUUUUCAUCAGAGACUCCCUGCAGCACAUCGACCAGAUGAAAUCCCUCCACCCGGACCUCCCUGUCUUCAUCGUGGGUCACUCCAUGGGUGGUGCUAUCUCCAUCCUGACAGCCUGUGAGAGGCCCAAUGAUUUUGCUGGAGUGGCUCUGAUAUCGCCGAUGGUCCAGAUGAACCCAGACUCAGCCACACCCUUCAAGGUUUUCCUGGCAAAGGUCCUGAACCACUUGCUUCCCAGCCUCGUACUGGGCAACCUCGAGUCUAAAUGGAUCUCACGGGACAAGACGAAGGUGGAGGCGUACGAUGCCGAUGAGCUGAACUACCAUGGCGGGAUGCGGGUGUCGUUCGGCAUGCAGCUGAUGGGCGCCGCGGCUCGCAUCGAGAGGGAGAUCCCGUCCAUCGGCUGGCCCUUCCUGCUCCUGCACGGUGACACCGACAAGCUCUGUGACAUCAGCGGCUCUAAGAUGAUGCACGACAACGCUCCGAGCUCAGACAAGAAAAUCAAGGUCUAUGAGGGAGGCUUCCACGCCCUCCACCACGACCUGCCCGAGGUGGCCGAGUCCACGCUGAAGGAGUUGACCAGCUGGAUCAAAGAGCGCCUGCCCACCUCGUAGACUUCAAGCUCGUCCAACCCAGUCGACGCUCCAAUGCACCAGCCCACCUCGUCCCAAGAGAUAUGUUCACCUUCCGGUGGUCGUUCGGGCUCAACAGUACCACUUCACUUUCUAUUCUGACAAACACAAAAACUCUUCUCCUCAGUGUGAUACAAUUGACUUGAAAUGAUACAGCCCCUGUCAAACAGCCCACUCAUUUAAAGCAGGUGUUGGGGUCAGAAACCAUUUCUUUUUGUAGAUACUGAGCAGCAGUUGUCAGUAAAUCCUCGAAUCAUCUGUUUAUUUCAUCUGCAUCCCUUUCCGAAGUGCAACUCAAGCUCAUUUAACUCUAAUUAAAGUUGUAGUUACAAAGUGCAAUAAUGAAGUCUCCAUCUACGCGCAGGACAGAUUUUGUUUUUAAAUUAGCAAUGUGAUAUAUCAGUGAUCAUUUCCUUCUGAGGUCAGAUGUCAGGAUCAGCUAGAGGACAACAGCCCUGGACUCUCUGUGGGUUCAGUGCAGGUUUAUUAGUUCAUAAAAAGCUCCUCCUGCAUCUUCACAGUGUCAGUAGUUGUGAAAUUGACACUAUUAGUGAAUUCGAUUUUCCGUCUCAGGUGAAUCUCAAUCUCUCAGUUUUCUCUCCUCCUCCACUGCACUUUUGACGCAUGCAUUUCUAAUAGUCGCAUGAAAACUUAUUGUGUAAACACUGGUGUCUCCAUAUUCAUUUUGGUAACUUCCCCCACCAACGUCAGUUUUUUGGCAGUUUUUUUCUCCUGUUUAUUAUUUUCUUAAUACUAUGUCCACUAAUAUUUCUUGGCAAGUGAAGGGAAAGCAGACUGACAGGUUCUGCCGUCUGCUGUUCUUGUCUCCGAUUACAGGGAGAGCGUACGGGUCGAGAGGUCAAAAGUUCUCUCCUCUCUGUGACCUUUGACCUUCAAUGUCAGUCACUGACUUCUCUGUUAAGAGUCACGCUUUGAAACCGUAACAUCGUUAAACUCCGGCUGCAGACUGGAGCACAGCUGGGAAACGAGAGGCACACAUUGAUCCGUUGAUGAGGACAAGGGUAGAUCUCCUUCACUCACAUAGCAUCUGCCAUUUCACCAAUCCACUCUUGAGUUAUAUGGCUGAUUGAUUCCUUGCUUGGCCGAGCACAGUGGGGAUCCAGCCUCUGUUUCAGAACAAUGACAUCUUUUUCUUUUUGGAAAACAGGAUGUUCAACAGAGUAGCUUACAGAUGAGGAGGGACUGGGAAUUCUUGGCUUCAAAGAGACCGUUGAGGACUGCACCUACACACAACAUCAAUCUGUAAUGGAGUCCAUAUGUGUGAGAUAUUCAGGUUUUAAAUAACAGAUACAGGGCAACUGCUGCCACUGAGGACACUGAUGUGUUUCUACACAUGACUCAUUUGAGUCAACAUAUUGGCUUAGUUUGAGGGGAAGCUGGACCUUUGACAUCAGUGUUUCUAAAAUUCAGCCAACAGCUCUGCACGUGUUUAAUGUGCGAUCACAAGCAACAGGAAAAGUUUCAAACCUCUAAACCUGACCUGCAGUGAGGGGCUAGUUCAACCCAGGCUCCUCUUAGGUUUUCGACAAAAAACACAGCAAUAAUAUCAUGGCAUCCUAGGUCUGUGGUAGCCUUUAAUUAUAAGCUACACAGACUCACACUGACCUCAUCAUUGUAUAUUGUCGGCAAGACUGUAAUUAGCAGGUAUUGCUGCAUGUGCUACCUCGGCCUACUCAUCAAGCAUGAGAACAUUUCAGGAGCAAGAGUUUCAAAGUUCGUCCACUGCCGACAUCAAAUAUAAGGAUUAAACAUUAUCAUCUUUAUGGCGACUCAACAUGUUAGUGUUUCUGUUGACACAUGUCUUUACAUUUAGUGAUCGUCUGUGUCACUCCAGUGUUAUUGUUUUUUUUGUAUCACUCUGAGUUCAAAGGGACUCCUGCAGGGAGUGUAAGGGAGGCACAGUGCAGUAUCCACGGUGACCGUUACCCACGCGUAACCACGGCAGCAGACCGUCAGCGGGGUAGAAUUUUUUUGUAACCACGGUGAUCACUGUAAGACCGAUUGAGUGAGAUAAAUGCCCUUCUUUCUUUCUUUCCUUCUGUCUUUCUGUCUCUCUCUCUAUCUCUCUCUCUCUGUCUCUCUGUAUCUCCUUGUCUUACCCUGUUUGACCUCCUCUGGUCACUUCUUUUCUUCAGUUGGUUGGAGCAGUUCUCUUUGUUCUGUCCAUCACAGAGCCCCUUGUCCUGCAGCAAAUUCAAACGUUGUUUUACUGUCAGCGACCCACACUGCCCCUAGUGGUCAAUUAGCAGAAAAGCAGCAGGUCAUAUACAUUUAGCUGAUUUCUUAUGGUUCUUUUGGACAUGAGCACUCAUUCAUUUAACAGAGGUCACAUCGCUUAAUCUGCCUUUGAUUCCGGUCAAGAAAGAAAUAAGCUGACAUUUCUGAGUCAUAAUGCAAGAGUGAGACCCAUAAUGCCGGGUCAAUUUAGUGAAAUCAUUGAAUUGCACUGGGAAAUUUGAGACUGAUAAGUAGGAAAAUUGAGCCAAGGCAAGGGUAAAAUGUAGAAUUCCUUUCAAAAAUGCAAAAUAGGAUGCUUCAUGUGAUAGAUAAUGCAUCAAAUAAGAAUUAUAGAUCACAAGAUGUUAAAAGAAAAUAAAUUAUAGACACAGAUGUUGUAAAACAAAUAAAAAAGGAAGAAGAUGAGGAGAUUUCAGGAGGCAUAGGCGUCCUCUUCUCUUUUUUUCAGACCACAUAUCAGGUCACAAUGCCACUGGUGCAGUGCAGAUAGAGAUGGGAUGAGUUCCUCCAUCCCAGUAGGAAUCACAGCCACUUCAAACACAAUCUGCUGCUGAUUGAGCUGCAGCAGGCAUGAGACACACACAAAGGAGACACAGUCCCAGUUGUAUUCAUAUUCCUAAUAGCCCCCCUGCUGCACUGCAUCAGUGCAGUGGAUUUACCCUAUAGGAACAUAACCUGUCAGACUACACAAGUGCAUAUUACCGUUGCGGUUAGAUAUGGGGGCGGACAGAGCGAUGGAGAUGGAGUGAGAGAAGAGAGAUAGAAAGAUGGGAAGAGGGCUGACAGUAACCAUGGCAGCAGCUUUUUUCUUAUUUUCUCCCCCAGUCAAAUUAACCUUUGAAAACCAUGUUUUUGUUAAUGGUGCACACGUUGCUGCUCUUUCAGGGCUGGUUGUCCUUUUGCUGCUCUGAGGAUUCCCUUUUAUGUAAGCAUGGAGAUAAGAGAGCCAACAAUUAACAUCAUCAGAUCACAGUGAGCAAUAGGAGAUGCACACACACACGCACACACACACACACAGAAGCACACACACGCACACACACACACACACAAACACACACACACACACACACACACAGAAGCACACACACACAGAAGCACACACACACACACGCUCCGUGAAUUCAAAUUACACUCGUCUGCUAUAAGCAAACAAAUCUCUGUUUUUUCUUUUUAGACCCAAAUCUUUCAUUAUCUUUUGCCCAAGUGAAGGAGGAGGUCUAUGAGUGAAAUUCAGCAUCCCCUCCCUCUCUCCUUUUUUCACAAUAUUCCAUUCCUUCUCACCUUUAUUUAUGGUGUGCACCGAUCCUCACGUGUUGUAAAGCCAUGUAAACCUCCCAUGUCCAUGCCAAUAUCCUCUUCUCCCGGCAUGUAUGUCUACAUAAGCAUGAUAAGUAUGCAGGUUUGCUAUGCUGACAGGUAGCCCUGUAUAGACACAGUCUUCUUUCAGUAUAUAUUCAUCUUUUUUUAUCCAGGACAGAGCUUCUAUAUUUAGAAAAAGAGAUAAUAACGAGGGCAGGAAACCAUAUAAUCAAAUUGGUCUUUUCUAAUCGAGUGAAACGUAUUUGUCCUGUCAGUUAGGUUGUUUUUUUUAAUCUUGACUUUAUGACUGUUUCUAAAUGAAUAGCUGUUAUAUAUGUUGAAGGACUAAAGGCCACAGGCCAGAGAUUAAAGUGCACUGGGAAGGUUCAUUGCAGAGUUUGCAUGAAUGAAGUCAGUGCUCAUGUGUGCAGCCAGAAUUGGAAAGGUUUUUUCUCCAAAAUGCUAUAAACAAUGAAUAAGUAAAUCACCUGAGGACCUAAUCAAGUAACCCCUACUUGAUAUCUGUAAAAUACAGGCGACCCAAGCUGUUAACGUGUAAUAAUUUCAUAGACUGAAAACUUGCUUUGAUAAUGCAUUUUGGAAUAAGACCCAAUUCAAUUCAUGCUGUUAUUUUUCAAUCAACAUUGUUAACAAAUUAGAUUUAUUUGUAAUGACUGAACUGCUUGAUUAAUGAACAUACUUGUAAUACACUGUAUAGGAGCAUAACAUUGCUAACAACACUUGAUACACAAAUCUUGUAUUUAUCUUGUUUAGAGUAUUUAAAUGUAUUAAUUUGAAGUAUAUAGGUUACUAAGUCACUUUUUUAUACUAUGAGGCAGAUACAUGUAAUUUUUUUCUGUUGUUGCACAGCCACAUGAAGAUUCAUAACACUCUCUGAGGUCGAGCCAGGUCCAGGAUUGUACUGUAUGCGCAUGUAAGAUUGAAAAAUGAAUGACAGUGUUUCUGACUGGUUCUUGUUGAGUAUUUUACCACUGUGUGUUUUAAGUUGCCGUCGUGUUGAAAAACCCACGUGUCUCGUCGCAGUUUGUUAGAGAACGAUGAGUGUUAAAGGGCCCAUAUUAUGAAAAUUCCACUUUUGUAGUGCUUCUACACGUUAAUGUGGGUAUCUGGCACGUCUACCGUCCCAAAAACUCUGGAAAAAAACACUCAAAACAGGUCAAUCUGAGGAGCGCUGUUUUAGACAGGGUAAAAGGGGUGCUGUUUUAAAUAAUCCUUGUGGUAUUUUGCCCAAAGUAUGUUACAGAUAUUUCAUCAAGACCCCAAGGAACCAUAUCAACUGUGGUAAAAUGGGCAUACGAUGGGUCCUUUAAAAUCAACUGCUAUUCAUAUUCUUUUAAUUUUUAACAACUUAUAUUUCUAUAAGUUUGGAGAAAUUAUUGUUCCUCUCCACAAUUUGCCUUCACUCUAAUCUCUUCUUAAAAAUUGUUAAAACUGUCUCAUACAAAGUCAGUUUGGUCAGAAUAAAGUAUGUUUAAAGACUAAAUUGCAGAUACCAGGUUUUCAUCCAAGAGCAUCUUGUUUAUUAGGGAGAAAACCUCAGAUUUAUUUCCUUAAAGAUUCCACAUUUUAUGGGAACAUGUAUGUAAUGUGUUGAUCUAUUUUUGGAUUGUGGUCUACUGUCUUUUGUGCCUUAUUACGAUGACGAAUGUGUAUCUAAGCAUCUGGUUCUCUGACUGUUGUUAUGUUCUGGUUGAGCAAUUGCGUCCAUCUGCUAGUCUCUUUCAUGUCCGUCAUGUCUGUCUGUCGCUCUCUGUCCGUGUUUCUGUCCAAUCAGGAGUCUAAGCAGAUUUAGUUCAUAAGCUGUUUUUGAAUCUUUCAGGAAUUGACACAAAUCAAAACAGUUGUUAAUCUGCUUUGAUACGCCCACAGUUUCAAGAAACACAGAAGUUAACAUGAAAGAGGACACUCUGUCUCUUCUGCAGUUACUUUAAUGGAACGAUGACUAAAUAACAUGUGGAACCUGCCUGUUCUCCCUCAUUGAUUUUCAGCAGUGAACAACAGGAACCAGAUAUGGGGUUAUGAGGACAUUACUGUUACUGUUUAGUAUUGAAUGGCUGCAUUCCUUCUCCUUGUCCUUAUUUGUACAUGUUUGUGCUAGGAGGCUGUUGUAAAGGGGAAAGGAGGGGGUGGCAAUGCAUUUCAAAGUUCCUGAGGCAAUCCAGAAGUGUUCAGAAAAUAAAUCAAGUCAUAACGUGGAAUAAUAUUUUUAAAAACAAAGUUGAGGCUAGUCUAGCCAAAACUAUGAAGUGACAUAGCAUUCAAAUAUUCACAUUUGGCAGAUCUGGAGACAGCCUUUAAUAUGGUUUGUCAUCGCCCGCAUUGUGUAUUGAAUCUAUUAUUCCUUGUUCAUGAAUAAACUAAAAUGUAUUCAUACUUACUGGUAAAGAUGCAAGCUCACCGUCAAGGAUUUUCGUCUGCGGAGGAAAACUCAGCUAUGUGAUGUAAAACCUCUGAAGAUGAAGUGUGAACUGUCAAUAAUAUAGCAACGUUCCUCCCAGCAAGACAUACAGUAUAAAUGUGUUAGAGUAAAAUGAAUAACAUGACAUUCAGCAUCAUUACUCAUGAGAAGGGAGUUGGUGUUUUCAGGCAGCACAUUUUGGAUCACAUGAAGAUCUUGUUACAUCACAUUCUGGAGUCUUCCUUCUAAAGUUGUUGUUGUUUGAUUUAUUGCUGUUUUACUGGAUGACAUUGGAUUUGAAGGCGCUGAUACCCAACCUCAGCAGUUCAUGAUUAGUUGAAUAGCAGCGUUGGACACUUUCAUUCAAAUGGAAAAAACAUUGUAUAUAAGAUGUAUAUAGUCUAAUGUAAUAAUAAACAUAUUCUCAAUCACUGACGGCCAAACUGCUUGUUACUAGAAUGUUCAUACUCUGACAGAAUAAACGAUAUGACUGUUUAA